AUGUCGUCCAAUAAAAGGAAAUUCUGCGAACAUUGUAAAGACUAUGUGUCAUCUAGGACAUACAGGCAGCAUUUGGAUCUUUACUUCAACAAAGAAAGCGGUCAGUGGUACAGACACGAAUCCUCAGAUGAAGAAAGUGGUCACAUUUCGAAUUCUGUUUCGGACCUUGAUGGGAAUGACACUGCUUCAGAGGGUUGUCCAAAUGUAACACCAGUUGACACGGAGAAUUUUGAUGAAAACGGAGUACCCGAACCAGGUAUUUAAUUUUUUUUUUUUAAUUUUUCCUGCUGUUAGAUUUAGGGCCUCAGGUUUGUCAUUAAGAUUUUAAGUUUCCGGGAAAAUACAAAAUGUAGGCGGGGAAUCAAACAGCUAGGAGUUUCUUUUGGUUCUAUUUUUCUUCUAUUUUCCUUUGAAAGUAGUGGGGGGCACGUUCAUAUUAGCCGGUGGAGAAACCUCCGGCCUCCAUCUCUAAAUGACAGCCCUGGCAACUGUUUACCUGACCCGAGUUCAGACCAAAAAAUGUAAUUUUUCACAUCCGUUAUCAGACUAGACCUCUAAAAUCAGUACCCGUUUUCAGGCCUGGGCUUUAGGCAGAAAUUAUGCUACAUCACUUAGAUUAGAGCACAGGCAAAAAAAAUGUUCAAAUCCAUUUCUAAUUUGCAUAUUUCUCGUUCUUUCCUACUCAUUUGGAAUUGAAACGAUAAGUAUGUUCAUACACUCUGUAGUUUUCCGAAAACCAUGCCCAAUUCCAGACCAAAAUGGGCAAAGUGUAUACCCGUUUUAAGACCAAAACAGUGCAAAAACACAACCUGAAGGGCGGCACAUACACUGUAUCUAUAUGGUUUAUAUAAGGGAGUACCAAACCCCCCUUGUGGAAGGUCACCCCACCUAUCAUGAAUGUAAAUGUGGUCAAAUUUAAAAUGAGAGAGUAUAUUGACGUGUGGGUUACCUCCCAUAACUGGGGUCCCCCACCUCCAUGUAAACAGGCCCUUCUAACUGCCCCUGCUCUGUAUGUUGUCAGGGUUAGGGUUAGACUGUGAUCCUAAAUUUAGUUGCUUUGAUGGCAUGCCCUCUCUGAAAGUUAGCCAACUUGUAAUCUCUGAUUAUAAGUACACACUGUAUCCCCUUCUCACACAAUGAUGUUGUAUUAAUUAACAGCUUGUGAUGGUGUCUCAAUCAACAAUCUUGAGGAAGACGAUUAUCAUCUAAUUCAUGAUCUGGAUGACAGUGACUCAGAGAAUGACUUUAUUUAUCAUGAAAGGAUGUCACAAGACAUACUUAGAGAAGUAUGGGACGUUGUUGGUGAGGAUGUUGAAACAGACUUCCCCCAUGACCAAGGUCAACUUCUCUCAGUGGAUGUUAACAGAAGAUCAAUAGCAAGUAGAAAUUUGAAGGAUAUUGUUCAUUAG